AUGGACAUUCAAAACCACGACUCCGAGUCAUGCUUUCCGAAAGUAAAACAUUGGCGAGAAAAUGUUCCCUACCAAUUUCAUCAAGGUUUCUGGUUCAACCCUAAACAUCUCCAAGCAACCAAACAAGUCCUUGACCACUUCAAACCACUUCCUAAUGAUGUAAUCCUAGCAUCUUUUCCUAAAACCGGCACCACUUGGCUCAAAUCCCUCCUCUACUCCAUUGUCAAUCGCGUCUCCACAAAUCAACUCGUUACCAGCCACCCCCAUGAGCUUGUGCCAUCCCUCGAAAUGCAAGUCUAUGGCGGACUGGUUGCUAAUUCCCCUCCUCACUUUCCUUCUAACACCUCAUCAUCCCUUAGCAUUUUCAGCACCCAUAUACCAUACCAGAUCCUUGGCAAAACUUUGAAUUCAUCGGACUGUCGGGUUGUUUACGUUACUAGAAAUCCAAAAGAUACCCUCAUUUCGCUUUGGCACUUUGCAAAUUCAGUAUAUUUGGGGCAAAAAUGGGAGCCCCAGCCAAUAGAGGAUAUUGUCUCCAAGUUUUGCAAAGGGACUGUGAUUUUUGGGCCUUAUUUUGACCAUGUGUUGGGGUACCAAAAAGAGAGCUUGGAAAGGCCCAAGAAAUUCUUCUUUAUAACAUAUGAGGAACUAAAGAGUGAUCCCAACAUUCACGUGAAGAGAUUGGCCGAGUUCUUGGGGUGUCCUUUUUUGGGUGAGGAUAUGGAAGAGCAAGUGGAGGAGGUGGUGAGGAGUUGUAGUAUUGAGACUCUGAAGAAACAUGAGGUGAACAAUUCUAGCAUUGUGCCAAGUUGGACGUUCGUGCAAUAUAAGUCCUUGUUCAGAAAAGGACUGGUUGGGGAUCACAUGAAUUACCUAACCAAGGAUAUGAUCGAGCGGAUAGAUGCAAUUACGAAGGAAAAAUUUCAUGGGAUCAAUCUUUGGGGAGAAAAUUCGAUGUCGUAA